AUGACUUCCUUUGCUACUCAGAGUACCGGUUAUGAUUUUUUCCGGCCGUCGUCUUCGCUUGAUCUUCAGCAUCAAUUCUUUGAGGACGAGGAGUCAAGUAUCCUCGACGAUAACAUUCUCGACAGCGCCGUUGCCAUGUCCCCCCAAUUCAGCCAGCGAAGGGAUUCCUUUGCCGACACGACAGCUUUCUUCUCGCCCAAGGAGCAGAGUGUAGGCUGGGCGGAUUUUGACGACAAGUUCAUGGGUGUUCCUGACCGAAAUUCUACUUCAUUCUCCACCAAUCCCUUUAUUGAGCAGAGCAACAACCCUUUUAUGCGUCUCGAGGCCGCUCAAGCUGCCACCUACGGCCAGCAGACGUCUGCGUGGCCCAUGGUCGAGGAUCCCGGUGCGGUGACUCCAACUGCCGUCUAUGAUGGUUUUCCAUCAGAGUAUGACAACCGGACACCCUCUUCAUUUCUUCCUACGGCUCCUGUUGCAACCGCCACAUUCCAAGCUGCUGUGCCAUCUACGAAUCCUCUCAGACCUGGUUCUGUAUACGUUCCAUCGGCAGCAUCGACUGCAACGAAUGUAUCCGUUCCGCCGUCGCCUCAUCCCACCAAGGAUUGGAUGUCAUCGAUGGCUCAGCAAUCAUCGGAAAGCUUGGCAGCUCGCUCAAUCCCAAAGCGCAUGCGCCAGGAAAGCCCGCCCCGACCGUCGUCAACGUUGCACAUGCGACGAGACGGGAUUCGGAAAAAGAAUGCUCGCUUUGAAAUUCCCCCAGAACGAAAUCUCAACAACAUUGACCGAUUAAUAUCCGAAUCAAACGACGAUCAGGAAAUCAAGGAACUCAAGCAGCAAAAACGUCUGUUGAGAAAUAGGCAGGCCGCCCUCGACUCUCGUCAGCGGAAAAAACAACACACUGAGAGGCUUGAGGAUGAGAAGAAGCAGUUUACCGCCAUGAUAAAUGAGCUAGAGGAGCAGCUCGCAGACAUGAGGAUUCGCGAAUCCGAGUACCUGCAUGAGAAAGACGAAUGGCAUUCGCAGCAACAGCAGUGCAAGCAAUACAUUGAGACGCUUGUCCUCGAGAAGGAGGAGAUGGUCCGCGCUCACACUCUUGAGACGGGUGAUCUUCGCAAGAAGAAUGCCUAUCUUACGGAGCAUAUCCAGAAAAUGGAAAACACUGCAAUGUCGGCUGCUCCAAGCUCUUCAGGCUUCUCUGCCGAGUUCUCUUCUGAAAUGGAUGGCUUAACAAUGGAUGAAUCUCCUUGGGAUAGCCUUUUUGUCAACGACUUUGGCAUCGACAAUACGGAACAGCCAACGGAAACAAGCCUCGUCGUGGCGAAGAAACCCGAGAAACCUUCCUUCAAAGACGAAGACAAGCCUGCCGCCUCUGGUUUGUUGCUUAUGCUUCUGCUUUUUGGCGCCUUUGUCGCAUCCAAGAGUUCAUCUCCGACUCCCCCAUCCAUUCCUCGUGUCCCUGAUGACAUUCGCGCUGCGUCCGCAACGGUACUCGACAACAUCUUCAAAGAUGCUGGCCUGCAGACUUCAGACUCUCGAAUUGCCGGCGUAAGCCGUGUUGAGGCUCUGGAGCCUGCCCCUUCAGGCAUGUCAUGGUCCUCGGCGCCAACGGGCAAGACGACGAUGAGUGGUUCCGAGCUGGCCAGUAUGUCUGCAGGGCCAUCAACGCUUGACGUUUUACACGGCCAACUCGCAGGACCGACGAGGGAGCAAGAGGGAGAGCAACUGUUUUCUCUCUCUGCAGAACAGUACAAUGGCGUUACAUCACAAGAUUUCCUCCACAGCCGUGAUGCGCCUACUCCCCCUCGACGGAAUCUCGGCGAGACACUGGCUGCCAUGCGCGGCAACGACAAAGGCUCCGCUGCCGAAGUCUACACGCGAUCGCUCAUGUGGGAUAAGAUUCCCACCGAGGUCGUGCGUGACUUUGCCAAGAUGGUGGCCGAAAUCAAUGACGACCAUCGCGGAACAGUGAGCGCCAAAGACGGUAUUUGA